GCAGCUGCUGCCGGUGCGGCAGCUGCUGCAACAGCAGCUGCUGGUGGACUUGAUACUGCGCAGCAGGCAGUUGCUGCGGCGGAUGCUGCAAAGGCUGCAGGCUUGGCAGCAGGUCUGAGCACUUCUGAAGCUGAAGCUGCAGGCAUUUCCGCCGCGAGCGCUGCUGCCAUUGCUGCUGGGCAGAGCCAGAACAUCACGUCAGUAGCAGAACUCGCUGCCUUGGCUGGAGAAGCUGCUGCGAAUUCCUCCCAGCAAUACGGACAGAGCCCCCAGGAAGUGACGAAGACGGCUGCAGUGGCUGCUUCGGAAGCUGCCGGUGAUCUUGGUGGAUCAGCAGCGCAGCAGGCCGCUGCAGCCGCGGCAGCGGCAGUGGCUGCAGGUAGCCAAGUUGGGCUGACAACGGAGGAAAGCAUCCUGGCUGGCGCAGUGGGUGCUGGAGAGGUGGCCCAGAAGUCCGCGGCCAACAGUGGAUCCACUGCCGCGCAGCAGGCAGCUGCUGCCGGUGCGGCAGCUGCUGCAACAGCAGCUGCUGGUGGACUUGAUACUGCGCAGCAGGCAGUUGCUGCGGCGGAUGCUGCAAAGGCUGCAGGCUUGGCAGCAGGUCUGAGCACUUCUGAAGCUGAAGCUGCAG